AUGCUUCGUCGCAGUCGCAGCUGCAUGUGGCUGUGGCUGGCAUCGCCCAUGGCAAUGUUCUGGCUGGUCUGGGCACCUGAGGGUUCGCCUCUCUCGCCGGUGGCCUUCAGCAAGCCCGACAGCGAGGACCCAGUUGCACGGGCCAAGCGCCUGUUGCUGGAGGCGGAUGCUGUCUUCUUCGAUGUGGACAGCACGGUGGUCACCACGGAGGGCAUCGACCUGAUCGGAAAAUGUUUCGGCAUCAUGAAAGAGAUUUCGGAGUUGACCCACAAAGCCAUGGACGGGCACGUGAAGUUUCAGGAUGCCAUGGCAGAGCGCCUGCAGCUCAUGGCCGAUCAUGGCAUGACGAAGGACAAGCUCGAGGAGUGUGUUAAGACCGAAGGCGCGCCGCAGUGGUCGCCGGGCGUGCAAGAGGUGGUAAAGAUGCUGCACAAGCAAGGAACGGACGUCUAUCUAGUAUCCGGAGGCUUCCAAAACAUGAUCAAGCCGAUCGCGCUGGAGCUACACAUCCCUCAGAAGAUGAUCUAUGCGAAUGAGAUUUUGUUCGAUGAGAAGGGCAACUAUGCUGGCUUCGACCGAUCUGCUCCUACAUCUGCUUCUGGCGGGAAGCCGAAAGUUUUGAAGAUGAUGAAGCGCAAGAAGGGCUACAAGACCAUGAUCAUGUUCGGAGACGGAGCGACGGACCUUGACGCGCGGGCAAACGGACCUGCCAGCGCUUUCAUUGGGUAUGGUGGUGUCCAGGUGCGAUCGAAAGUGAAGAAGGGAGCGGACUGGUUCAUCACCAGCUUCCAGGAGAUACUGGAUGUGCUGCCAAAAGGCACUGACUUAUGA